GAUUUUCCUUCUGCUCUUUCAUUUAAGAUAAAUCGAUUGUUGAUGAAAGUCGAUGUCUGCUCCCGCCACAGAAAGUACUCGAUUUUUUUUUCUCCCGAGUCAUACUUUCCAUCAGAAUAAAAUAACAACUCAACUGUCAAACGAACCAAAAAGAUAAUGACUUCGAAGGUAAUCACAGAAGAAUAUGGAAAGAGACUUUUGUCGAAUACUUUGUCGGAACACGUUGGCGAACUAAAAUGUAUAAAGGUUGAUGGAAAUACGGACUGGGAUAACGUAGUCGCAUCUAACGAGUGGCUACGAUCUGAACGACUCGUUGUGAAACCGGAUCAAGGAUUGAAACGACGCGGUAAGCUUGGUUUGCUCAAGAUCAACACUGACAUAGCAACGGCCAGGCAAUGGAUUGCAGACAAAAUGGAAGAAGAAUUGCAGGUGGAUGGCGUAAACGGUCGUCUUCGUCAAUUCAUCAUCGAACCUUUUGUGAAACACGACCCCUCUACAGACGAAUAUUAUCUGUCUAUUUACUCUGAGCUGGAUGGUGAUGUAGUCUUGUUCCAUCAUCUCGGCGGCGUCGAUGUCGGCGAUGUCGAAGAAAAGGCUCUAAGACUGAAAGUCGGACUAAAAGAAGGUUUAAGUGAAGAUAUUGUGAAGGAUGAACUUUUGACAAAUAUCCCAACUCAGAAGAAAAGUAUUGUUGCGAGAUUCGUUGUCGAUCUCCUGAAGAUGUACCAAGACAUGCAUUUCACUCUUCUAGAAAUUAAUCCCUUAGUUGCCCUCGACAGAGUGUACCCUCUAGAUCUGGCCGCGACGUUAGACACCAAGGCCACACCAAUGUGUAAGGACAAGUGGGGGAGGGUGGAGUUUCCGCUUCCUUUUGGGAGAUUGCCAAGCGAAGAGGAGCGAUUUGUCUGUGAGCUUGAGAAAGGAACCCCGGCAAAUGUGAAGCUGACUGUUUUGAAUCGAAAGGCAAGGAUCUGGUCUGCUAUCAGCGGGGGUGGAAUUUCUUUAUUGCUUGGAGAUACUGCAAUGGUAGAUGAAUGCUCUCAUGAAAUAGGCUGCUAUGCUCAGUUCUCUGGUCCACUGAAUCCAACACAAAUGUACGGCUUCACCAAGACAGUGCUCGAUUUGAUGCUAGCUGAGAAACACCCGGAUGGAAAAGUACUCGUCACCGGUAGUCAGGCAAUUGACGUCACAACACUUUUAGCCAAUAAGAUGGGGCCAGGCGUGGGAAUGAUGAAAGCACUGGAAGAAUAUAAAGAAAGAUUGAUAGAUCAUAGAGUAUCUCUUUAUAUCAGAACUACUGUCGGCAUCGUGGGUCCUGAAAAUGAAAAGCUGCCUCCUUCUUUGGCCAAUUUCGGUAUUCCUGUGCAUGUGUUUGGAGGCGAAGUGCCGAUUGCUAAUAUAAUUCGAUAUGCUCUUGGCAAGGAAUCGAUACCACGGAAUGUCAAUCACCCACGAAUCUACCGGAAUCAAGAACAGACAAGUUUGAGGACCAGUAAGAAUGAAUUUAAUGACGUCAUCACCCGAGGGGAAAAUAACAAUGACGUCAUAAAUCUCUCACCAGACGACAUCUUUACUCCGACUACAAGGGCUAUCGCUAUCGGUAUGUUUCCGAUCGCUAUACAAAAUAUUAUCGGAUUUGAUUUCGUCUGUUCCCGGAGCCAUCCAUCAAUUGCCGCCAUUGUUCGACCAAACAGCGAAAAUGGCGAAGAAAGCUAUCCAUGGGGGGAAGACAAUAUAUCGAUACCAGUGUAUGGAAACCUAUCUGAAGCUAUUAACAAUCACAGUGACGUCACAGUAGUCCUCAAUCAGGCAAUUGGUCCAGCAGGUUACGCAUGCGCACUUCAUGCAGUCAGCCAGCCCCAAGUUCGUUGCAUCAUGAUGAUGGUAGGUCACAUCAGCGAACGUCAAACUAGGGAGCUCAUCGGCCUCGCCAACAAGAAACAAGUCCUCAUGAUAGGACCAUCUACGUUGAAACACGGUCUCCAAGUUAACAUCCUCAAACCCGGAUCGUUCCGGUGUAAUCUAUUCGGCGAUAUCGGCGGUCCCUUACCCGAUUUGGUCGAGCUGAAGUUAUACCGACAGGGUAGUGUGGUGUAUCUGUCACGGUCUGGGGGUCUGUCCACCGAGCUGUGUGUGUCCAUAGCAAGAAACUCAGAUGGAAUCUACAUGGGUAUAUCACUAGGCGGUGGGAGGUAUACCGGUUCAGGGAUCAUGGAUCAUAUACGAUUUCUUCACAACAAACCGGCUGUCAAGUGCUUCAUUAUCAUCGGAGAGGUAGGAGGAACAGAGGAAUAUGAAGUAUGUAAAGCUAUAAAGGAAGGAACUAUCACCAAACCUGUGAUAGCUUUCUGCAUUGGUACAUGCACAGAUCUAUACAAACAAGAGCCUGCUUAUUUCGGCCAUACCGGGGGAGGAACGGAGAGCGAGAAAGAGAGUGCAGUUGCCAAGAACAAGGCCCUGUCACAAGCUGGCGCUAUUGUACCUGAUACAUUCGACUCCAUGGCUGUCAAACUCGCGGAAGUGUACGACGGGUUUGCAAAGGAGGGUAAGCUUGCACCCCUGGAGGAACCCUCGAUUCCUGUAAUCCCAGCCAAUAUGAAACCAGCAAGACGACCACCAGUGUUAUCACAGUGAAGAUAACUGGAUCGGGGGGGGGGGGGGGGGUAAGCUUGCACCUCUGAACAGCCAGUGAGGUGUCCUGGCUGAGUUGUAAGGUUUCCGACUACACGGUGAAAGUUCGGGGUUCGAUUCCUGCCUAUGCCCUUGAAGAAGGCAUUUUAUAUAUAAAUUCCCCUUUUAUCUUGCAUCAAAUUAAUGUAAAUAUAGGUUUUCCCGUCCAAUUUCGUCAAA